CAGACGUGGAUGGAGUUAUGAAAACCAAAACAAGAUUUAAGAAUUGAUUCUGCUGAAUGUUUCUCAUUUAGGUGAAAUAUCAAGUCCACAAGUGUAUUUAUUAGUCUACCAUUCGUCCUAUGUCGGUACAUUAGCAAAUCAUUGAUAAUGCCUCCAAAAUUUAAACGUCACCUCCGAAGCGGAGACCUUGCAGGCGCUGAUGAGGUUGAAAGGGUAAACCUUCUAGGUGAAUACCAUGAUGAUGACGAUGAAGAAGAAGAUUUCUUCUAUGAUAGGAGUCCAAUGCCUAAAUCUGGACGGAAUAAUCAGAGUAACUCGAAGAUACAAAAAGUGCAAGGCCAGGUAGAUGAAGUUAUAGGAGUAAUGAGGGGCAAUAUGGAGAGAGUCAUUGACCGGGGAGAAAAACUUGAGGAUCUGGAAGAAAAGACAGAGGAUCUUAUGUACAGUGCAUCCAUCUUUAAAGUUAGUGCGAAGGGACUUCGAACACAUUUCUGGUGGCAGCAAUGCCGGAUGCGGAUUCUAUUAUUAGUGGUGGUCGUUAUCAUCCUCCUCAUUAUUUUCAUUCCGAUCAUCUUGAAGACCAGGAAUAAGUGACAUUGGCUGACUUCAGUUGUUGGUUGCUUUCAGAGAAAAACAGAGGUUUGGAAGAAAUUAACUCUUAGAGAUUGAUGAGAUCUACCAAGUAUUCAAGCGUAGGCAGUGUUUUGUAUUAUGAGGAUUAACAUUCAUUUUAGAGCAAACAGUUAUAUGCUCCAAGGUUUGUGGAGGGCUGAUAAUCGGGAAUUAUUGCUUUAUACAAUUCAAAUUUACCUGGAUAUGAAAGAAAAAAAAAAGAGCAUGGUUAGGAUAUGAUGCGACAGUUUUCAAAGUGUUCAGACAUGGUUAUUCUGCUUAACUUUUGAGGGUGAUAAAUGUUUGUUACUUUAUGGUCCAUACCUGAAAAAAAGUCCAAAGUUUUUGCGGAAAAACCCAUGACAUGAUUCCAUUAUGAUGUAAUGACCCAUGUCAUCAACACUCCUGUAUGGUUGAAGUGCAGGCUUGCACUUCCUUGCACAUAGAUGGACAGUGGAACCAUUCAUAAAA